UCACCCUGUACAUUAGUCUGAGCAGUUCAAUUCUGAGGCGAGGGUGUGGACCGAAUGGUAUGAAGUGUAGGUGUGUGUUCAGGCCUAGCCAAUCACGACGCGGCUCGGGUUUAUUUAUAAAUAACUUGUACCGCAUAAAGCCUCGUGUCGUGUUUACGUUGGGUUGACUCGCUCGUAUUGUUUGUUUUGAGCCAACUUUGAUUCAUCGAAUUAACAGCCCGACUCGGUAACUGAAGAAAUAGGAUUCGCGGGAAGUGAAAUACGAAACUAAAUCUACGAUAAACCAUGAAAUCUAUGGAACUAUUUUUAUCUAUUUUGGCCUUGACCCUAUUGUCAUGCAGUGCAGAAAACCCCUGCUGCUCCUUCCCAUGCCAGAACAAGGGCAUCUGCCUGACGGGCAGAGAACCCGGCUCCUACACCUGUGACUGCGGCAACUCGGACUUCUACGGCCCGCACUGCGAGACACCUACACUGACCAAGCGCCUGAAGUUGUUCCUCCGACCGUCCAGCGAGACCCUCCACAACUGGCUUGUGAGCCCCUCCCUCAAGUGGAUAUGGGACAUCAUCAACAACGUGGAGUUCUUACACAACUACGUCUUAAAAAGAAUCUAUUUGCUCAGGUCCAACGUUGUCGACAGCCCAGCCUUAUAUGAAACGGAGCACGCCUACCCCACCAUAGGCGCCUUCUUGAACAAAACCUACUACGCCAGGACCCUCCCUCCUGUGCCCCUGGAGUGUCCUACCCCAAUGGGGGUCAAAGGGCCAAAAGAACUUCCUGAUGUCAACUUACUGGUGGAGAAAUUUUUUACUCGCACAAAGUUCCGUCCAGAGCCCAUGGGCACCAGUGUGCUGAUGGCUUUCUUUGCUCAACACUUCACGCACAUGUUCUUCAAGACUGAUUACACCAAAGGUGUGGGGUACACCUGGGGAGGGCAUGGGGUGGAUGUCUCCUCCAUCUACGGGAAAGACACAGAGGUGGAGCUGUGGUUACGGAGUGGAGUUGAUGGGAAGCUAAAAAUGCAGACAGUCAACAACGAGGAGUACCCGAUGUACAACAAGGACGUGCCUGUCAAGAUGACGUACGCCCCUAAUGUACCAGAACACCACAGAUUCGCCAUGGGCCACCCUUUCUAUGGCCUCUUGCCUGGUUUGUUUCUAUACCAGACCAUCUGGAUGAGGGAACAUAACCGCGUCUGUGAUAUUUUAAAGGGAGAGCACCCUGACUGGGAUGAUGAAAGGCUCUUCCAAACUGGAAAGCUGAUUAUUUUAGGUGAAACCUUAAAAAUUGUAGUAGAAGACUACGUCCAGCACCUGGCCAACUACAACAUAGAAAUCAAGUUCAAGCCCACGGUUUUGUUCGGGGAACACUUCCAGUACCAGAAUAAAAUCAACGCAGAGUUCAACGACCUGUACCACUGGCACCCCCUGAUGCCGGAUGAGUUCAACAUCAGCGGCACCAUUUACCCCAUGAAAGACUUCAUGUUCCACUCGGAGCUUGUGCUCAAGCACGGGACAGCCAGUUUCACAGAGUCUUUGUCGAGGCAGCGAGCAGGGCAUAUGUCCCAUCACAACCACGGGCCUUCAACUAUAGGUGUGGUAAGGGACACAAUCCUCCAUGGUAGAAAGUUGAGGUACCAGUCGUUGAACAACUACAGGAGACGGUUUAACCUUGAACCAUACGAGUCAUUUGAAGAUUUAACAGGUGAAAAGGAAAUGGCAGCAGAGCUGGAGAAACUUUAUCUAGAUAUAGAAGCAGUAGAGUUCUACGUUGGAAUACUGGUUGAGAAGCGGAGGGUAAAAAAUCUGUUUGGCUCUACCAUAGUAGAGAUCGGAGGACCUUUCUCUGUGAAAGGGUUGAUGUCCAACCCAAUCUGUAGCAGACACUACUGGAAGCCCUCGACCUUUGGCGGGGAGGUGGGCUUCAACAUCAUCAAAACUGCAACUCUUAAAAGUUUAUUUUGCAAUAACAUAAAGGGCCCAUGCCCGCUAGUGACAUUUAGGGUUCCUGACUUUAAAGAAGGGGAUGUAGAUGAGUUAAAUAAUUUCAGGCUUAAAACUGAGUUGUAGAAUAAAUAGUUUGUUGUUUUUAAAUUCUAGGAAAUAUUUUUAUUGAAAUUUAUAAACUUGUAUAUAAAUGAUGUGAAAGUAUGUGUGAAAAAUAACUCGUGUACAUAGAACAUUGAUGUGGAUUGGUGUUAAUUUGCGAGCAUGGUUUUAUUGAAUGCCUGAGAACACUAUUUAAAUUUGUGUUCAGAUUUUUAUUGUUUUAUCAUGUUGAUUAAAGUACUUGCCUAACGUUUUUAUUGAUGGUUAUAUCUUGUCGAAGAUGUAAACAGUUCUACGGUCUGUGAUCAGCAUCACUAAAGUAACCACAGGCUUAUAAACAUAUACCAUCCUUGAUAUUAAUCAACAUCCUUGAAGGUGGCCACAAGUAGAUCAACAUAUCGUCCUCAUUGGUUGAAAUAUUUUUAUCCAUAACAACACGUUGACAGGGAAAACAUCCUUUGAAGUCAACAGUUAACCAAUGGCAUAAACAUCCUUGAUGAUGAGUCCAAACAUCUGGAUGUUUAGUAACAUCCGUGAUGAAGACCACACACAGACAAACACACUUCCUGUAAAAUUCAACACAGCUUGUCAUCACCAAGGUAACCAAGGUAACACACUACAAACAUGCUGUUUACCAUGUUUGUUUACAAAAAAGUAAUUCCAUCAUUUCAUGGAUGAAAUAAACAAAUGACAAAAAAAUUACAAAUGUAUAAACUUCAUGCAUAAAAUGAAUGUGUCUGUGGAUUUUCAGAUGAACAUAUUGUAAGGUGCAUACAAGCAAAAUGACAUAACUAUUAUUUUUUUGUUAUUGUAAGGUGCAUACAAGCAAAAUGACAUAACUAUUAUUUUUUUGUUAUUGUAAGGUGCAUACAAGCAAAAUGACAUAACUAUUAUUUUUUUGUUAUUGUAAGGUGCAUACAAGCAAAAUGACAUAACUAUUAUUUUUUUGUUAUUGUAAGGUGCAUACAAGCAAAAUGACAUAACUAUUAUUUUUUUGUUAUUGUAAGGUGCAUACAAGCAAAAUGACAUAACUAUUAUUUUUUUGUUAUUGUAAGGUGCAUACAAGCAAAAUGACAUAACUAUUAUUUUUUUGUUAUUGUAAGGUGCAUACAAGCAAAAUGACAUAACUAUUAUUUUUUUGUUAUUGUAAGGUGCAUACAAGCAAAAUGACAUAACUAUUAUUUUUUUGUUAUUGUAAGGUGCAUACAAGCAAAAUGACAUAACUAUUAUUUUUUUGUUAUUGUAAGGUGCAUACAAGCAAAAUGACAUAACUAUUAUUUUUUUGUUAUUGUAAGGUGCAUACAAGCAAAAUGACAUAACUAUUAUUUUUUUGUUAUUGUAAGGUGCAUACAAGCAACAUGACAUAACUAUUAUUUUUUUGUUAUUGUAAGGUGCAUACAAGCAACAUGACAUAACUAUUAUUUUUUUGUUAUUGUAAGGUGCAUACAAGCAAAAUGACAUAACUAUUAUUUUUUUGUUAUUGUAAGGUGCAUACAAGCAAAAUGACAUAACUAUUAUUUUUUUGUUAUUGUAAGGUGCAUACAAGCAAAAUGACAUAACUAUUAUUUUUUUGUUAUUGUAAGGUGCAUACAAGCAAAAUGACAUAACUAUUAUUUUUUUGUUAUUGUAAGGUGCAUACAAGCAAAAUGACAUAACUAUUAUUUUUUUGUUAUUGUAAGGUGCAUACAAGCAAAAUGACAUAACUAUUAUUUUUUUGUUAUUUCCAUCCAAAGCUGUUCAAACAUUAUUUAUUAAAAAACAA